GAUACGAGAGGUCACUCAGAGUACUCGGCCAGACUAGCUCUGCCAGCUGCCCCGACGUCUCUUGAUCUCUCUCUCGACAAGUUAGACAGCAAUUUCCAACAUGGCUCCCCCCAAGUGCUGCGGCACUACGAAAUCACCAUUUGGUUUUGGCCCGAGGAGAAACCGCUUACAUAGAGAGGGCGCAACGGCAUCCCCUAUCACCCCGCCUCGGAUCGUUCCCCUCGUUGCACGUUCCGACGGAGGAUAUAUGCUCAGGCCGCGGAGCAGCGCAACCAACACAGCACGAUACCUGUGUUGCACGACAUAUGCUAAUGUGACACCCGCAUGCAGUGCUCCGCCUAAAACUGGGGGGAAAUUUCAUGUCCAUUAGAGCUGCCGCUUGCCAGAUGGCACAACAUUGCUGGUCCGAACCCGAAACCCCCUGGCCGCCGUGCCACAGUCUGAUCCUACCGCGUGCGUCCUCGUCGGCCAAC